AUGGCUCAAACUAUGCAUUCACAGCCUCCAGCGGCAGUAAGAAUCGGCAAGGACGACCAACCGGGAGCGCAUUUGUCGGGUCGGGGGGACAGUAGCUUCCCGACUGUGGCGCUGCUUCGAUGCUCGCAGGAAAACCGUGUUGCCAUGGCCUAA